GUAGUGGCCGUGGAAGUAGCACUUUGCUCCCUCCUACCAUCAUCAAUGAAUUUCCAGAGUACGGCACCAUAGAGCCAAGCGGAGACACGCUGAGAGCUUCAUCGCCACACCAGGCAGAACCUGUGGCGUGCAGCCCAAAAAGACAGGACAGUCACCACCAGCUGGAAGCAACAAAGGUGCAAGAGAGAGCAAAUACUUCUCUUGAUUCAGAGAUACAAAUGGAAAAAAAGAGUGUUACUGGCAACCACAGUGUGCACGCAGCCAGAGAACCAGUUCCAGCAGGCCAAGAAAAACCCUCAGACGUGCCUCUUCCAUCUGAACAAACAGCUGAGGAAAAAAUGCAUUUGAUUGUACAGAAAGAUCUGGCUGCAAUAUGGACUGGGGAAAAGCAGUCCGAGUCCUUGCAAGACAUCAGUAAUAAAGCUGAGGAGGUCCACACAGCUCAGGAGACAAGCUGUCACAGACCAUCUGUGACAAACCUGGAAGCCGCCAGCAUAGUGGAGGGGUGGGCACAUUCUGAGGAGUUUUCAGCUUACAGUCAAGGCAAAAUGCAAAUGGGUCCUGAGCGGAGGCUCUCUAAAGAGGCAGCUGUGAGCAAACAUGUAGAAUUUCAAGGGGUGGAGAUUUUAUGGUUGCAAAAAGCUGAGGAGCAAAGAAGAAAGAAGCACUCGCUGCUGGAGACCGUGUCUGUGGAGAGGAAGGUGUUCCCCAAAACAUCCAGCCACCCUAUGCCACCAUCGGUCUCCCCAGGCUUGGUUUCCUCCCCGGACAAUGCUUGGAACGAGGUCUGUGAGGACUUGAGGCUGGGACCCACUGCCUCUGGAGCUACUCCUCUGACGGUGCUUGAUGGAAGCAGGGAGGAUGAAGUUUUUGUGAAAGACAAGAAGAGCGGUGGUGAGGAGGAGACAACUGUGAAAAAAGCCAGGGCAGGUGGAAGGCUGAUGGAAGAGGGGGAAGCGGCCACGGGAGGAUAUGAAGAUGUCCUUGGGCAGAGGCACUCCGAUGUCUCCACUGAUCUGUACAGCUCACAGUUUGAAAACAUCCUAGACAAUGCAUCUUUAUACUACAGUGCAGAGUCUCUGGAGACAUUGUACUCAGAGCCUGAUAGCUACUUCAGCUUUGAGAUGCCACUCACUCCCGUGAUCCAGCAGCGCAUGAAGGAGGGCAGUCAGUUUUUAGAUCGGACACCAGCCUCGGGGCAGCCAGAUACCCUGCAGCUUUCCCCUGAUGGGGGUGUGAAGGGCUGCAGUGAAGACAUUGCCAAUGGCUUAAAGGAUGUAAGUGAAACACUCUUCAGAGGAGACGUCACGGAAGUCCCUCAUUUGAAAAG